GAUGUCCACAUGGUAGCUACCUACCUACCUAGUUAGCUUGCUGUCACUUUAUUAACAUAAUUUCAUAAAAUGGAAGGUCAGUGUGAUAAUAUAUAAACACAGUCACAAAAUACCAAUAUGAGCAUGAAACCGAUUUCCACGGAUGUUUUUAAUUCCGCCUAAGAGCAUCUUUAAAGUGUUUAUUUCACCAUGGCCAAGCAGUGGCGUGAGGGCCACUCCACACCCAUUUUGUGUGUGGGUGUGUCUCCAGGUGCGGAGGGACUUCUUGCCUCAGGUUCUGAGAGCGGCGAGGUUGCUGUUUGGAGCCAAGAAGGAAACAUCGUAGGUCGCCUCAAGCCCUCAGGUGAAGAUGACUGCACCAGCAUGCUGUUUUCUCCGGCAGGCCUGCUUUUUGUGUCGCACGGUGAUGCGGUGACCACGCUUGACCCCCGAAACCUGAAGGGCACAGUGGAGGAGUUUAGUGGGGCUGGAGAGGAAGAGAUCAACUGUCUGGCAUUGAAUGAGACUGGUUCAGCUCUGGCUGUGGCUGAUGACUCCGGGGCUGUCAGGAUACUGGAGCUCCCCGGGGGGAAAGUGUGCAGGACCUUUCGCAGACACAGUAACAUCUGCUCCUCUGUGGCUUUUCGGCCACACAGGCCCAACAACCUAGUGUCUGCUGGACUGGACAUGCAGGUGAUGCUGUGGGGUUUGCAGAAGACACGUCCCCUUUGGACACUCAACCUCCAGGACAUAGCAGAGGAAGAAGACGACCACCAGCAGCGUCCCGGUCAGCUUUUAAAUCCCCCUCUGGCCCACUGCAUCUCAGUGGCCAGCUGUGGAAACAUUUUGGCUUGUGCCGCAGAGGACGGGCGCGUGCACUUGAUGCGUGUGGGCAGCGGCGCCAAACUGGAGCAGCAGGGGGCGUACAAGGCACACUGUCAGGGAGCCUCUCAAGCCCACUUUAUCAAUUUCUUAUCCCAUCCUAACUGGCUGGCCACCGGGGGGAAUGAUGGGCAUGUCGCUUUGUGGGACAUCAGCAAACACCCCGUGGUGACUCCAGAGGGAAAAAUGAAGGGGGUGGCCACUCCGCACAAGAAGGGGAAAAGUAAAGCAAAGAGGAAAGAGCAGGAUAAAGCAGAUGUGCCACAAAAGAAUGAGGCAGAGAAAGAUGAGGAGGGGACUGAGAAGUCUGGACCCAAAGUGAACAUCAACCAUGGGGACAAAAUAAACUGGUUGUGCCCUGCUUUGCUCAAAGGAACACCCAGUUUGCUUGUGGCAGAUCAGAGCUCAACUUUGACAGUCUACCCUCUGUCUGACCUAUAGAUCACUGUAAUCCUUAUUUGACUGCAGUAGUGUUUUCACUGAAGUGUGUUUGGGCUAUCCACUCCUAUUUGUUUUCUUCUCUGUGUUCGUCCUGUCAGCUUCUGGCUGUUUUUCUAGAAAGGGGAGAAAAGGAAAUGCACUCUUGUGGCAUUCUGCAGCCUGUUAAAACAAACGACUCGUGAUUGUGUGUUUGUUUAAUGUUUGACAUGUUCAGCCUGCUGCACGUUGCUCAGGAUGCUUUAGUCAAGGGCCUGUGGGACAAGGGACAAAUCUGGCCCAGGAAUGACAUCAGACCGGCCCACAAGUUCAACAUUUGUGAGCUACUAGCAUUUUUUCAGCAGCUUUCUUGAAACAGCAGAGCACUCUUGUCACAGAAGAUCUUUGACAGGCAUUUCUGCUUUUCUUGUACUCCAGAAUUUGUUUUUUUUUUGCAAAGAUUAAACCUUUGAGUUGAUAGUGAUUCACCUUCAUUUUUUUUUAUACCAAGCAAAAAACAUUUUCUUCUUCCUUUCGCAGGAAUAAAUUGUGAUUUAUCAUAACAAAUACAUGAUCAAUCACACCCAUUGAAAUGGUUCUCUCAGACAGAGAAAAAAAGGUAUCAGCAUUUAAAGGCACAGAGCUUCCUGUCUGGAUUACUGAAGAAACUGCAGACUAUCCAUGAUUU